AUGACUACUGAAUCUUCAGAACAAAAUAUUACCAAUUUUAUUCAACCAGUUUCAAUCCCUGAACAUAUGACAAUGGAUAUAACAAAUGCUUUCUUUUCUGCUUGUCGAAUCGGACUAAAGCCUGGGGAACUAUUACACCCUCGUUGGUUUGACUUGAAGUAUUCCAUGUCAGCUAUCGAGAUUAUGGACCCUAAAAUGGAUGCUCUAGUUCAAGGAAACCGAAAAGUUCUGACUGUAUGUGAGGCGUUAUCUAGUGAGCAGUUACCAUUGGGGCCUUUUUCGUCACUUUACGAGCUUUUGGGUAUCAUAGAUGAACUUUUAGCUGCUUGCGUCAAUUGGCUGACGGGUGAUUCUCUUGCGCAAAGUAUAUUUAUUUGCAUGUAUAUGCACUGCACUCAGUUAAUUAGAGAUAAAUAUCUUGCUGCAUUUUGUGAGUUAUUACGACGAUCAAUCUAUCAGUUGCGUCAUAUAAUAAUCUGUGCCAAUGUCUUUGACGAAGAGGAUCAUUACAAAUUCACACAUGGUAUGCCAGUUCAUGAACCCUCAAAUAUUUUUGAUGGUUACGGUGGCUUUCGUAAUGACUGUCUGCAUAAAUUGUCAGUGUUAGAAUUAAUAGCUCAUGUAAAUGAUUUGAAUGGAAAUCUUGAAAAUGAAUCUACCAUGUUUGCGGAUCGUGAGGAAAAACUGCUUAUGGGAUUACACAGUCGUCUACAGUUUGUUCAAGUGUUGUUACUGUUCACAAAUUCAAUCUUUGAGUGUAUAAAUCCAACUCGAGUCUAUUUUGAGCAAGAUCUAUUUGAAGGAUAUACGCAUGCAGAUCUCGAUUUUUCUGAACAAAAUCCAUCACCUCCUAAACUGUAUGAAGCUAAAAAUAACACCGAAUUUCUAUGGGACUCCUUCAUAGAUAUUUGUAGGAAAGUGUCCCAGCAUUUAAGUAGUCUGAAAUCACUGAGUGAUACAUUAGUAGAAACUUCAAACAUUGGAAAAAUGGCUGGUGAAGGAAAGUUUAGACCAAAGGACGCUGCAUAUGGUCUUCCAGGUUUUGAAGUUUUCUUGAAUCAAACCAAUGUACCUACAUAUAUGCCCAAAGUGGUAAAUAUUCACGAUCGUCACAAAUCAUUUGUUUAUUUUUCAAGUCUCUUUACAAGACUCAAUCAUAUUUUAUGUACAUACGAAAAUUUUGCCUUAUGGAAUGUUUUACAUCCUGAACCCCUACGCCUUCAUAGUUUAUGGACAUUUAUUCAGAAAUCUGGUCAGAUAUCUUGUCCUUAUGUCAAAGCUCUUUUGUUUCCUGACGACUCUAGCGAAGUAAAUGAACCCAUGUUAACUACUUGUGUUUUAUCAAAGACAAUUAUACACAUGUUUCACUCCACUCUUAUGGGGCAAGGAGAUGCUAUUGAGCUUCAACCUCCGUUUCUCUCUCCGGUGCAUUUCCUAAAUUCAUGGCAGGAGUUAGAGCCUACUGCGUAUCGCCCACUGAUUAAAAAUAUCAUUUAUAAUAUUCCUGAACUGAUGAGUUUUUUCACUACACUUUCAAAUCAUUUCGCCCAUAUCUCUUAUAUUUACUGUCGUAACCGUUCACGCCAGCGUUCCGCUCUUGGUUCAUGGUUGGAAGAUCUUCCAAAUUUGCUUGAUGAGUGUGCAAACGCCGAGUUUGUCAUUGGUGUUGAACUUAGAAAUAAACUGGCAAAUAAAACAACUGAGUGUUUUGAAUCUGUAGGAAAAUUUGAAGUUUUAUCGACGCAAACGGCUGUUGUACCUGUUCAAAUCAAUCUGUCUUGUUUUGUAACUUAUGUGUAUUAUUACUUAGCAUGGGAUUAUAUUGUCUCUGGGUUUCAACUAGACUUGUAUUCUCCAAGUGAAUGGUUGUCUAUUUACGCUUUUAUGAUACACUUAUUCCAGAAUUUAGCUUCUUUGCUCAGGAGUUUAUCGGAAAACUGCAUCGUUUCAGGAUCUGAAGGACAACCUACUUUAGAAAAUGAAUCCGCUGAUAGUAAAGGUCUAAAUAAACAAGUUGAUAAGUGUAAUUCUGUGAAUGAUGUUGAGAGGCUUGUCAAUCGUCAAAGUAAAAAGAAGAAGAAACAUCGAGAAAAAUGCAAUGUAUCUGGUGUACAUAGUAAGGGCAUAGAAAUGUCGAAUACCACGAAUUUUAACAGCGCUGUUAAACCAAUUUCACCUAUGAUACAUGAAAUAGGUUCGACUUUUGAGGUUCACUUGCUCAAUGUACAUCAAUACUUGAAUACUGCAACCCUGUAUGUUAUACGUGCGCUUCAGAGAGAUAGUGGGAUCGAAAUAAAUGUGAAUUGUCUAAGUCCGGAUCCUAAUUCUGACGGGCAACUACGUUUAUUUAUUAGUCGAAAUUAUCUGGAACCUUAUGCCAGAAGGCUUGGAAUAUUUCUCAUUCCUCAUAAUUCUCCUCUAGCUGAAAUGGGAGGUGUUUCAGGGGCUUACGAAACAUGGAGAUCAUUAGUAAGUAGUAGCAUUAUUGAUGGUCGUUCAACAAGUGAUCUUUAUCUGAUGGCAGCAAGAGCGUUUGAUGAAGCUCAGAAUUUAAUUCAGAAAACUCUGUAUUUGAAGUCAGUAGGUGAAGAAAAGUUUCUUAAGUUUACACAGUCUCCUAUUGUUCUACCCCUGUUCACUGAAAAGUUAGGGCCUCCUGACCAACUCAUCGAUCUUCAACAAUUAGCGAGACGUAAUUCCAUUGCUUGCCGUGUACUUGGUGUAUGUGAAGAUCGACGGCCAAUUGUACAUACAGCCAAUCCGUCCACAAUAAAUCCUAAAAUGUCUUUUUUAUGUUCAUCUAGUCCAGUUAAAUUGGACUACAAUUUUUUAGAAAGCAAGUGUUAUCCGCUUAUUCGUCUAGCUAGUCAAUCUAAAAAAUGUUAA